GUAGCUUAACGCCGACCUACAUACAUAUUUUUCAUUCUGCUUUUUGUUGUUGCCUGAAACAUUGAAAGACAGACAAGAACAAGACCAUUAUGAAAUAAGACAAACACUUUCUAAUUUUGAUGGAUGUAUAAAUGGUUUUAAAUUUGCCACGACAUUGCGUCUGGCUUAUUUCAGAUUUGACGUAUGUGUCUGUACGUCCUUAAAGUAAAGAGUUGAAAAUUAAAAUUUGUCUCCAACAAGGUAACGUAUAUUCUUUUACUUUGCCCAGGAUACAGAGAUACUUGUGACCAGCAAUUGAUUUCAGAGGGUAAAAGUCUGACUUCUCCCCGCUGUGUUUCCUCGACUGAAAAGACGAUCAGUGUGGAUGGCUAAAGAGGUCCUGCAACUGCCAACGAUGGCUGAGCAAUCGAAUGUGAUCGUUAAACGGCGCAAACGAAAUAGGUGCUGCUGCUACUUAUUCAUGGUGUCCUCUAUGCUGGUUUUGGUGCUGCUCCUCAUCAUUUUGCCCCCUGCUUUGAAUUCCCAAAAUUUCGAAGACUUCGAAUGGUUCAGCUCCAGCAGCAAGAACAAUGAUGUCAAAUCAGGAAACAGCGGUACCAGUAACGACACCAAAAACACAGACGGGAAUAACGCUGAAGCGACCUUUGACCCGUCUGUGGUGGUCACCCCUAAAGGGUCGUACCGUGCACAGAUGUUACAGCAUGUUCGAGUCUUCCGUGGCAUCCCGUUCGCAAAACCACCGCUGGGAGAUCUGAGAUGGCGUCCGCCUGAGCCUGUGGAGCCACGUCCACCCAGCGAUGUCUACAACGCCACCUACUCCAGGUCCGGCUGUCCCCAGUUCUGCAAUCUACAUCCUUUCUGCCCCGAAAAGACAGCUGAAGACUGUCUCUUCCUAGAGAUCUACACUCCCACGCCAACACAGGCGGUCAAGGGCCCCUCCAGCUUGCGCCCAGUCAUGGUCUACAUUCACGGCGGGAGUUUUCUAACCAUCUCCAUUACCGCCAAGGAAUUCAACGCCAGCAUCAUGGUACACCGAUCUGAUGUCAUUGUGGUGAUGCUUGAGUACAGGCUAGAUAACUUUGUCCGGACAGAGCGCUGGAGCUCAGUCUGUCUUGAUCCACCUACUGACUGCGGAGACCAAGGGCUACUACAAGCACGCCAUCAUAGAAAGCCCACCAGCCUUUCUGACCUACAAAACAACAAAAGAGGCGAGGGACGUGAUGGCUGUGGGACUAGCCAAAGAACUAAACUGUUUGACUAAAUUCAAAGACGUAGACAUGGCCUGUCUUCGCAGAACCAAAGUCGAGAAAAUUGUAAAAGCUCAAGAGAAGUUCAAAGAGAUUGGUGAAACUAUCUACGAUAGAGCCGAGCCCUGGGCACCCGUUAUCGAUGGCAUCGUGGUGCAUUACCAGCCAUUCGAAGCUCUGGAACGCUACAGUAAGGAGGAUCGUUCUAUUCCAACCAUAUACGGAGUGACAUCAGAGGAAGGAAUGUUGUUUGUUCGACUAUACAUCAAGAGUAGAGUUUUACCCAUUGUCUACCCCAUCGAACUAUCCGUAAUUUUCAAACAAAAAGAUGACAUAAAGAAUCUGGCAAAGUUCUACCCAAACAAGGACAAAACAGACGCCCGAGAGUCCUACGCUGAUAUAUUAAGCGAUUUUAUCUUCCGUUGCCCGCGACGGCUUGUAAUGAAUCAAAUUUUUGACGGGGGUUGGAAUGAUCAGUGGGCGUACAUGUGGGAGAAACCUGCCGAUUUUAAUCUGCUGGGGAGUCUGGCUGCGUGCUCGCACAGGGCAUGCCAUGGUGUCGAGAUUAUGUUCGUGUUUCAAACGUUUGCCUAUUUCAAUAUGAACAUCACAGCAGAAAAGAUCCGGCUGAGUAAUUAUAUUAUAGACUAUUACGCCAACUUUAUUAAAUACGGAAACCCCAAUGGCUUGUCUUCUGGAAAGGGAGCUGUAGAGGAGAAGGGAGAGAAUGCCUCUUCUCUUCUUUUCUGGCCAAGGUUGAAAGACUCCGGAGGCACGUUCCGCCAGCUUCACUUUCGAAGUCACGGGGGUAUUAAUCUUUCCGACACAGCGCAAGACAAGCGUUGUGAUAUGUGGGACAAGCGGGGAUAUUCUUUAAUCUCUGAAAGGUAAUCUCAAUUGUGAUGGGAAGUCCUGGAACCCCCAUCCCCCCCUUCCCCUCUGCUCCCCUGCUCCCCCCCCCCUCAUUAUACGAAACUCUUUGAAAUUCAUGAAAGGACAAACAAAUCAAGCACUACUGUUUUGUUCCUUUUAGCUUAGAAUGUUUCGCAUUGACUGCAGUUUUCCAUUUACAUCAUUGUGUUUGAUGAUCUUUUUCGACUUGCUCUGAUUUGUACGCCUAUGCUAUUUCUAUCAGAAGGAGCCUGUAUUUACAUGUCGGUGGCACGUUUAAAACAGUACGUCUGAGAAAUAAACAGCGUUGGUGCACUUGAAAACGUGAUAAAUAGGAAGACAGUAGUUCUCAAUAUUUCUGCUUAUGACUAAUACACUUUAUCCCUUGUAAUCACACAACAAUAGAAAAAAAA